AUGGGGGACGAGUUGCUAGGCGACAAGAGGUUUUUGCGCAUCCAGAGGUUGAACUCGCCGGAUGACGGUAGACGUCACUCAUUGCAGAUAGACAGUGAGGAGCACCUAUAUGAGCACAAGGAAAUUGCCGUUGAUGAGACACACCGUGAGGUUGAAGAGGACAUACCUUCGGAGACGCACACUCCGCCUGAGUUGAGGCAGACCAUUGAGGUAACGGAGAAGCCUGUGGGCGAUGGCGAGGUGGAACAGACUGUGAAGAUUAACACUGAACGGAUGAACUCCAACGGCAGUGGAAAGGACAUGGAGGACAAGAACGUCGAGAAGAUAUCUAAGAAGUUCAAGACCAGGUACCAGAAGGGCACCCAGGAUUUCAGGUCGUACUUUGACGACGUUGCAUUUGAGUUCAGACCAAGUAUCUUCGAUGUGUCCAUCAAUGAGCCUUACCAGACCAAGUUUGCUGGUCCUACUCUAGAGGCAUCCAUCAAGUCCAAGGAGAAAGAGUUGCGUAAGCUGCGUCGUGAGCAGAAGCGUCAACUGGAUAGUGGCGAGGGCCCUGUCUCCUGGGAGGAAACAUUAUUGUCUUCCAAUUUCUCUGGUAUUUAUGUCGCAAUUUGGAUGACAUUGGCAUUGGGUGUCCUGAAAUCGAUUGUGGACUACUACUGUGAGACUGGUAGCUUGACCGAGUCUGAGAUUUGGAAAUUCAUGACCACCGACUUGUUUAAAGUCGCCUUAGUAGACACCCAAAUGUACUUGGCCACUUACUUAUCACUUGUGGUACAAUAUCUGUGCAAGUGGGGGUUGCUAUCCUGGGAAAAGCAAGCUUGGUUGAUUAUGGCGGUGUAUGAAUUUUGUUACGUUUUCUUCUUUAUGAUCUACACCGAACAUAUCAUGAAAUUGCACUGGAUUGCCAAGAUUUUCUUAUUCCUGCACUCAUUGGUACUUUUGAUGAAGAUGCACUCAUACUCCUUCUAUAAUGGUUACCUAUGGGAAAUUUACGAUGAGCUAACUUACUCAAAGAAGGCUUUGGCAAAAUACAGAGAAACCGCCAAGUCUCCUAUUAUCAAGACAUUGGAGAAUUCCAUUGAAUUCUGUACUUUAGAAAUUAAGUCUCAAUCAAAACAUAACGAAUUCCCAAAAAACAUAUCUAUUGGAAACUACUUUAUGUUCACAAUGUUCCCAACAUUGGUUUAUCAAAUUGAAUACCCAAGAACUAAGAAGGUGAGGUGGUCUUAUGUCUUAGAAAAGGUAUGCGCAAUCUUCGGUACAAUUGUAGUCAUGAUGACUGUAGCUCAAAUUUUCAUGUACCCAGUUGCUAUUCGUGCGCUAUCCAUCCGUGACUCCACCGAACAAAGUCUCUUUGAAAAGGCAAAGGAGUGGCCAAGACUAUUAAUUGACAUCGUGCCAAGUUUCAUCAUAAUGUACUUGCUUGUAUUCUAUUUGAUUUGGGAUGCCAUCUUGAACUGUAUUGCCGAGUUAACAUGCUUUGGUGAUAGGUAUUUCUACGGUGACUGGUGGAACUGUGUCGAUUGGGCUGAAUUCAGUCGUAUUUGGAAUGUUCCUGUUCAUAAGUUCUUGGUUAGACAUGUUUACCACAGUUCCAUGAGUGCUUUCAGAUUGAAUAGGGACCAAGCAACCCUGUUUACGUUCUUUUUAAGUUCUGUGAUUCAUGAAAUGGCAAUGUAUGUCAUCUUCAAGAGAUUCAGACUUUAUUUAUUUAGUUUCCAAAUGUUGCAAUUGCCAUUGGUUGCUAUCAGUAAUACGAAAUUUAUGAGGGAAAGAACUGUAAUUGGUAAUGUUAUCUUCUGGCUAGGUAUUUGCUUAGGACCCAGUGUGAUUUGCACCAUUUACUUAACUUUCUGA